GACGACUAAGUGUUUUAUCGCAGCCCUUCCCCAAACGCCUGGGAAUGGGGUAAUUGCUCAUUUGCAUAAUAUUUAAAUAAUUAGCAUAGGCGGGGCGCACCCGCACAGGACAAGAGCGGCCCCCUGUGCUUGUAAUUCCGAACGAAAGAAAGGGGAAAAGGGCGGAACUGCUGCAAAAGUCUGGCUUCAAAGGCGGAACUGCCGGCGUGCUUUACGGCUGAGAGGGCUCUUAAACACGUGUUCCGUAGCCUGCUCGGAAAAGGAGGAAAGCCGGUCGUUCUCGUGUUUGGCUGGAGUUUCGGUGGCUUUGCCCCCUCCCCCCUCCAUGGAAGCUGUCGAAGAGGAAGAUCCCUCCGAGAGGGAGCUGAUCCCGAGCGAGGAGGACGAGGUGGAAGAGGUGGACGAGGAAGGGGCAGCCAAGAAGCACCGGCAACUGGUAGAUGCCCUCACCGCCUUGGUUGGUGGGAAGCGACGACGAAAGGUUGAACGUUCUGAGGCCAGCGCACAGAUUUCAGAAUUCGAUGUGGGUGGUGGAGGUGCCAAUGAGAAAGUCCAGCUCUCGGAGCUCCUACAACCGGUUUCGGCUGUGCCAGCUCUGCGACCGGUUCAGAAACAGCUGAAAAAAGCCCAGCAGAAAAUACCAACUGAAAUCCCACUUAGUAAGGAAGAGUCCCAACGGGUGGUAAGGGAAGCAGCUUACACACAGACAGCCGAAGCGCUGAACAAAUGGGAUCCAGUCGUGAAGCAGAAUCGACGGGCAGAGCAGCUGAUCUUCCCGCUGCAGCAGGAGAGCGUGAGCAUUUUGCCCAUUGAGGAGGUGAUGUCAGGUUGGCAGGCCCGGACGCCCUUGGAGCAAGAGAUCUUCAGCCUUCUCCACAAAGCCCAGCAACCGGUGAAGGAUCCACUUUUGACCCCCCAGGAAAAAGUCUCCUUGAAAGCCAUGAGCCUGGAAGAGGCUAAGCUGCGCAGAAUGGAGCUCCAGAGAGCCCGGGCCUUGCAGUCCUAUUACGAAGCAAAAGCCCGACGGGAAGGGAAAAUUAAGAGCAAAAAGUUUCACAAAAUGCUUAGGAAAGGGAAGAGUCGGAAGGUCUUGCAGGAGUUUGAGACGCUGCGGAAAUGCAACCCGGAAGCUGCCCUGGAACAGCUGGAGAAGAUUGAGAAAGCACGGAUUGAGGAGAGGAUGAGCCUCAAACACCAGAAUAAGGGCAGGUGGGCCAAAUCGACUAUCCUUAUGGCAAAGUAUGACCUCCAGGCUAGGCAAGCUAUGCAAGAGCAGCUGGCUCAGAACAAAGAACUAACCAAGAAGAUCUCUCCUGCCUCAGAAAGCGAAGAGGAAGACGUAGGUGACAACCCUGAAGCAGAGAAGGAUCUUGUUCCGGAUGUUGUCAAUGAGAGGCAUAUCGGAAUGGCUUCCAGCAACCCCUGGAUGUUAGGAAAAAGUCCCGCAGAAUCCCAGGAGAAGCCAAAUCUCCCAACAGAAGACAGCGAAGAGAGUGAGGGAGAAGGAGAAGAACCACUCGUGGCCAACGAGAAGGAUCCGUCUCAAGGUUCUGACGAACAGUGGCAGAGCCUGAAAUGUCAGCACGGUAGGGCUGGGCUUCAAGAACCUGGCAACGGAGAGAUGCCACCAGAGGCUCCGCCGAGCCCCCCGUCAGGGGAGCAGCCCUUCCUGAGUGAGACGCUGAAACGGAUCCGCACCUUGGAGGAUCUUGAAGAGGGCCUGGAGCCAGGAGACGAUCCACGAGAAGACGAGAUGCGGCAGCCCGAGGAGACCCAGACCUCCCAGUCGGUGGGCGCCGAGUCCCUGCUGCAGCCCCAGAUCAGCAAGUCCAAGAAGUCAGCCAAGCAACAGACCCUGAUUGAUCUCAAGGCGGUCCUUGCGGGAGCACCGCCUGCCACAAGGUGCCCACUUGUGCCUGCUGCAGUGGAGGAUGAGCUGGAGUCCGGCGCAAGCCAGAGGCAGAUGAUCCGAGAGGCUUUUGCGAGCGACAACGUCCUGGAUGACUUCCUGAAAGAGAAGCGAGCGGCUGAAGAAGCCGGCAAACCGAAAACCAUUGAUCUGGUGCUUCCCGGAUGGGGCGAGUGGGGAGGCGUGGGGCUGCAUCCAAGCAAAAAGAAAAAGAAAAGGUUCCUCGUCAAGCCAGCGCCUGGACCCCCAAGGAAAGACCGGCACCUGCCCCACGUCCUACUGAACGAACGGCAGAAUGUUUUAGCCGCCGCUCAUCAGGUGAACCAGCUCCCCUUCCCCUUUGAGAACCGUCAACAGUUUGAACGCAGCAUCCAAGUGCCGGUGGGCUCCACGUGGAACACGCAACGGGCUUUCCAACAGUUGACGGCUCCCCGGAUCAUCACACAGCCUGGCCAGAUCAUCCGUCCCAUCACUGCAGAAGAUACCAACCUGAUCCAUCAGAAGGAUAGGUCGACAGCCGCCGUUGGACCGAAACCAGAUUUGGAGUUAACCCUCCCUCUCCGCCCGCCUCGUCCCCACCGUAUCCCAAAGAAGAAAGGCCGGUAGGAGUGAAUUUGUGCCGAUAUGACCAGUGGGCACAUUGGCAUCUUAUUGGCAUUGUCCCAAGCAGAUGUCCUGUCUUUGGAUUUUUCCUUACUUUGAAGAUGAUCCUAUAUAUACAGUAGUGGCUAAAAUUGUGGAAACCUUUUGGGGGGAAAGUGUAUUUUCUAAAACUAGCUAAUAACCCCAUUUUUUUUCCCGGAGUAGUACCAUAAAAUUAUAUAUCAAUGGAAAGAUAAUUUCAUCAAGAAUGUAAUAAUGCAAUGUUUGUGAAGGAUUUGCUAUUAGAAUAGCAGUUACAGUAUAAAGAAGAAAAAUGAAACACAUAGAAAAAAUGAGAUAUGCAAAAAUUGUCACCCCCCAAAAAAUGAGAUAUAUACAAAAAUUAUCACCAUUAAUAAUGUAUCAGUUAAUAAUUAAAAAUUAUCAAUUAAUACUUAGUUGGGUAAUCUUUAGCAUGAAUUAGGGCCUUACAACAUCUUCCCAUGGAGUGAACCAAGUCUUUGAGUUGUGCAGCUGUUAUCAUGUGAAACCAAGGUUGAAUGAUGGCUUCUAUUAACUGGGUUUUAUUGCUGGGUCACUUCUGACUAACAAGUUUCUUUAGUCAACUCCAUAGAUUUUCAAUUGAGUUAAGGUCUGGGCUAUUCCCAGACCAUUCCAGCAGUGGAAUAGGAUUAUCUUGAAACUCCAAAAAAAAAAAAAGUGGCGUUAUUAGCUAUCAAACCUCAAAAAUACACUCAUCCCAAAAGGUUUCCACAAUUUUGGCCACUACUGAAUGAGGAUCUUAUAUACAGGUUUGCCUGCCCAAUUGGAAGAUAUACUCGCUUUCUUUCAAAUGAUUUGGUUUUAUUCCGUAUCCCUCGCUCACCCACCCUGUUUUUUUAAAAUACUAAAGAAGUUAGUUAAAACUCUUUCAACUCGUCCCUUCUUGACCAAUGAGCUAACCUGGGAACAAGCGGUCCUAUAACCAUGGCCUUUUUGCAGGCACCAUAAUAAACUGUGAAAAAAGGUGCUUAGAUCUUACAGCAGGUUAAGGCACCACUUUCUCCAGUUAAAAACCUCAACCCUUCUCCCAAAAUAAUUGGAUUGAUUCUUCCUGUUUGGGGAGAGGUUAAAGUGCAAGCACCUUACAACACCCCCAACCCUGCCAGCAAAAUAAAAAAGACAGAACACUUCACUCAGUUUGUCUGUUUAAAACCUCUGUAUUUCCACUUUAAGACGCUCAUAAUUCCACUCUCCUUAAGCAGGAUGGAAAAAAAAUAUAUAAUUCACGCACCCGAAAAACAAAAUUGCAAUUUGGACGGAGGAAAAGAAUGGAAAAAACACAGGAAGUUUUCUUGCCUAGACAACCCAGGUCGUUUAG